AUGAGUUCGACUCCAGGGUUGCCCACUCCGGGGGCCUCCCUGGCCCUGCGGGUGUCCUUCGUGGACGUGCAUCCCGAGGUGAUCCCGGUGCAGCUUUGGGGAUUGGUGGGCCAGCGGCGGGAAGAGUACGUGCGGCUGAGCCGGGAGAUCCAGGAAGCCGCAGCCACGCGAGGCCCGUGGGCUCUGGGUGGGGCCUCGGCAUCGCCGGGAGAGCUGUGCCUGGUGCAGGUGGGACUUAUGUGGCACCGCUGUCGCGUGGUCAGCCGCCAGGCGCAGGACAGCCGGGUCUUCCUGCUGGAUGAGGGCCGCACCAUUACGGCUGGCGCGGGCUCGCUGGCACCGGGGCGCAGCGAGUUCUUCCACCUGCCCUCGGAGGUGCUGGGCUGUGUGCUGGCCGGCCUGGUGCCCACGGGCGGCGGUGGCACCGGCGGUGGCGAACCCCAGCACUGGUCCCCCAGUGCCGUGGACUUCCUUAGCAACCUGCAGGGUAAGGAGGUGCAUGGACGGGUCCUGGACGUGCUGCUCCUCCAUCGCUUGGUGCUGCUGGAGGUGCCCGCUGUGUCUCAGCAGAUGGAGGAGCUGGGCCUGGCCAGGCACGUGCCGGACAGUCUCUUCUGCUCGCUGCUCAAACGCUACCUGACUGCAGCUGGGUUGGGCAGCUCUGGAGCUCCAGUUCUCCCUCGAGCCGCCCCCAAACAAGAGCAUCCUGGCUUGGAUUACUUCUAUCCCCAACUGCAGCUGGGAGUGACAGAGCCUGUGGUUGUAACCCAAGUGUGCCAUCCCCACCGCAUUCACUGCCAACUUCGGAGUCUGUCGCAGGAGAUCCACCGCCUCUCAGAGAGCAUGGCUCAGGUAUAUCGGGCGCCCACAGGGACAGAGAAUGAGGAUUCGGGCAGUGCCACCUGGGAGGAGAGGGAGGAGAGCCCAGACAAGCCGGGGUCUCCAUGUGCCUCCUGUGGCUUAGACGGACAGUGGUACCGGGCUCUCUUGCUUGAGACUUUCAGGCCUCAGCGCUGUGCCCAGGUGCUUCACGUCGAUUACGGCAGAAAAGAGCUAGUGAGCUGCAGCAGCCUUCGCUACUUGCUGCCCGAGUAUUUUCGAAUGCCCGUGGUGACUUACCCUUGUGCUCUGUAUGGGCUCUGGGACUGUGGGAGAGGCUGGUCCAGGUCCCAAGUAGGUGACUUGAAAGCUCUGAUCCUGGGCCAGGCAGUGAAUGCGAAGAUUGAAUUUUACUGCUCCUUCGAGCACAUGUAUUAUGUCACCCUGUACGGGGAAGACGGAAUUAACCUCAACAGUGUGUUCGGCGUACAGUCCUGUUGCCUGGCUGACCGAUUUCUUCAGAGCCAGGGGAUAGAGGAGGAAGAGGAGGAGGAAGCGGAGAUGGCACUUCAGUCUCAGUCCCCUGCCGAGGAGAUGGAGGAGGAAGUUUCCCUCCCUUCCUUAAGACACAUCAGGCUGAAGAUGAACUCCUUCUAUGACGCCCAGGUGGAGUUUGUCAAGAGCCCUUCUGAGUUCUGGAUUCGUCUGAGAAAGCACAAGAGCACCUUCAGCAAGUUGCUGAAGAGGAUGUGCAGCUUCUAUUCGUCGGCUAGUAAGCUGGACGGGGUGGUUCUGAAGCCUGAGCCAGAUGACCUGUGCUGCGUCAAGUGGAAAGAAAACGGCUACUACCGCGCCAUGGUCACCCGGCUAAUCAGCAAGAGUGUGGAGGUGUUCUUGGUAGACAGGGGUAAUUCGGAGACCAUGGACUGGGGUGACGUGAGGAUGUUGCUCCCCCAGUUUAGGCAGCUGCCAAUAUUGGCUCUGAAGUGCUCCUUGGCUGACAUCUGGCCUUUGGGGAAAAGUUGGAGCCAGGAGGCGAUCUCAUUUUUUAAAAAGACAGUGCUCCACAAAGAAUUAGUGGUCCACAUUCUUGAUAAGCAGAAUCAUCAGUAUGUCAUAGAGAUUCUUGAUGAAUCCAGAACCGGGGAGGAAAACAUCAGCAAAGUCAUCGCUCAAGCUGGAUACGCCAAGUACCAGGAGUUUGAAACGAAAGGAAACGCCAGUGCCGACUCCCCGGGGCAUGGUUCAAGUCAUUUUAUUGCAGAGACCAACAAAAUAUCUUCUGCCAAAAAUGUCGAAGGAGAACAGAAAGCCAAGAAAGACAACAAACCCGUAUCUCUUUCUGAAGCUUUGACCGACACAGUAAGCCUUUCGAAUGUUCUCACCGCACAGACUGGACAGGACAGAGAGAAGGUAACAACCGAUUAUUCUCUUUUUACGCUAAAUUACCUGAAAACGAUGCCAGACUGCUGUGGUAAAGGGGAGCUGGAAGUGGGCAGUACUGUUGAAGUGAAGGUGUCUCACAUCGAAACCCCUGGCUCCUUCUGGUGUCAGCUGAUGAGGAACGCGCAGGGAUUCCAAACCCUGAUGUGUGAUAUUGAGGACUAUUGCAAAAGCGAUCCGGCUCCCUACGAGGGGGACACACGUGCUUGUCUGGCAAUCCGAACAGCAAAUGGAAGAUGGUCCAGAGCUGUGAUUAGUGGUGCACCGUCUCUGGAGCACGUCAGGGUGGUGUUUGUAGACUACGGAGACAAAGACGUGAUAUCCGUGAGGAACAUACUCUCCGUUAGUGACGCCUUUCUCAAGGUCAGAGCUCAGGCAUUUCGGUGCAGUCUUUACAAUUUAAUUCAGCCGACUGGCGACAACCCCUUUGUUUGGGAUGAAAAGGCGGUGCAGGCUUUUAGUGGGUUUAUAGAUGAUGCUUGGCAGAAUAACUUGGAAUUAAAAUGCACACUCUUUGCUUUGGCAUCGAGGCACGAUGAAGAGCGGUUCAGCGUAGUGGACUUGCUAACACCUUUUCAGAGUGCCUGCCAUUUUUUAGUGGAAAAGAGACUUGCUAGGCCAGUGAAACUUCAGAAGCCUCUGGAGCCCUCUGUUCAGCUGCAUUCCUACUACUAUUCUACACAUGACCUAAAAAUCGGAAGUGAAGAAUUAGUGUACGUGACACAUGUGGAGGACCCUUGGACAUUUUAUUGCCAACUCGCAAGAAAUACGAAUAUUCUAGAACAAUUAUCAUACAACAUUAUGCAGCUAAGUAAAGCCUUGCUGGAUGUAAAGGCAUCCCCCUUGGUCCCUGGAACUUUGUGCCUUGCCAAAUAUACCGAUGGUAACUGGUACAGGGGAGUAAUUGAAAAAGAGCCAAACAAAAUCUUCUUCGUUGAUUUUGGCAACACUUAUGCAGCAAGUGACCAUCUGCUCCCGAUCCCUCGAGAUGCCUACGAUGUUCUGCUCUUACCCAUGCAAGCCAUUAAAUGUUCAUUAUCGGACAUUCCUACUCAUAUCCCAGAAGAGGUUACAGCGUGGUUUCAGGAGACGGUUUUAGAUAAGUCGUUGAAGGCUUUGGUCGUCGCCAAAGACCCAGAUGGACGCCUGAUUAUAGAGCUCUAUGAUGAAAGCGUCCAAAUUAACGCCAGCGUUAACGAGAAGCUAGGGCUCCUUGGUUACCGAAACAGCACAAGAAAAAAUGACAGAGAGAAUGAAAUAAUCCUCUGUGUGACCGAAACCCCUGAAGACAGAAGUGAGACCAUGAAGUCAUCCCCUACAGAGUAUCUGAGUAAGCCGGGAGAGAGCAGGUCGCGCAGUAGAGAGAGAAUGGGCGAAUCGUGCAAACCCAAGCUCAGUCCAGCAGGCAAGGAACUCAGAUAUUUACAAGGCUUCUCAAAGGCCAAUCUAGUCACCUAUCAGGACUCUAUGGGAAACAGAAAUGAUGGAGGGUUUCCAUUAGCGAGGGAAAAGAAAGAAGAUAUAUUUGGCAACUCACCCACAAGUGCUCCCAAACCAGACUCCACCCUUCCUGAGGGAAGAAUGGGGGAACCGGGCAGCAAAGACCUGCCUCCAAAGUUCUGUGAGUUCCCACAAAAGACAAUAGCGCCUGGUUUAAAGACCUCUGUGUAUGUCUCGCACAUUAAUGACCCUUCAGAUUUUUACAUCCAGCUGAUGGAAGAUGAAGCCGAGAUCAAUCGUCUUUCAGAGAGAUUAAAUGAUGUCAGGACAAGGCCCCCGUGUCACACAGGCCCGCCUUGGCAAAGUGGGGAUGUGAUAUGUGCCAUUUUCUCAGAAGAUAACUUGUGGUACCGAGCAGUGGUCCUGGAACAACAACCCAAUGACCUUCUCUCCGUACAGUUUAUAGAUUAUGGCAACAUGUCUGUGGUCCACACUAAUAAAACGGGUAAGCUUGGCCCCAUCGAUGCUGUGAUCCCAGCACUGUGCCUCCAUUGCUCCCUAAGGGGGCUUUUGGUACCCGACAUGGUGAGCUGUAAGGAGAUGGUGAACUACUUUUCCCAAAGGACGGAUGAGGUUCAGAUAAGAUGUGAAUUUGUUAAAUUCCAAGGCACCUGGGAAGUGAUUCUUGCGGAUGAGCAUGGAAUCAUAGCUGAAGAUAUGAUUAACAGGUUUCCGUUCAAGGAAAAAUCUCAAAUGGGACUUACUACCCAAAUCAUGAAAGGGGACUGUGCAAAGUCCACUGCCAAACCUAGCAUUGACACGUCAGUGUUUCUUAACUGGUAUAAUCCCACAGCCAAGUCGGUAAGAGCCUAUGCCACCGUGAUAGACGGACCCGAAUACUUUUGGUGUCAGUUUGCUGAUUCUGAGAAGCUGCAGUAUUUAGAAACCGAGGUUCAGAGUGCUGCGAAGCAGCUGGCGGACCAGAAAAGCUGUCUCCAGUGUCCCCAAAUCGGAGACCCAUGUAUCGUGAGGUACAGAGAAGAUGGACAUUAUUACAGAGCCCUCAUCACUAACAUAUGUGAAGAUCACCUUGUAUCCGUCAGGCUUGUGGAUUUCGGGAACAUGGAAGACUGCGUGGACCCGAAAGCACUGUGGAACGUCUCGUCUGAGCUUCUAUCAGUCCCCAUGCAAGCCUUCCCGUGCUGCCUCUCGGGAUUCACCGUCUCUGGCGGGGUGUGCCCUCAAGAGGGAAAUGAUUAUUUUUAUGAGAUAGUGACAGAAGAUGUGUUGGAGAUAACAAUAUUGGAUAUCAGAAGGGAUGUUUGUGCCAUCCCCUUAGCAAUUGUGGAGCUGAAAAGCAAGGGCGAAAGCAUUAAUGAAAAGAUGAAGAAAUAUGCUAAGAUGGGCAUUCCCAAGAAUGACCUGUACUAUGAGAAGCAUGGCCCAGACAGAAAGGGAGGCUUUGGGCCCACCAGUCCUGACCUUGACCUUAAGAAACCAGGUCAUAAAAUGGCACCCGAGAAGACAUUAUAUGUGGAAGGCAGGGCAGGUGAGUUCUCCGAGAGAAUUGAAAAGGAUUUAAACAUUGAAACCAAGCCAAGUAAAUUCUACGAUUGUAGCACCCAUAAUAUUUUCGAAGCUCUGGAGAACUCACGCCAAGGGAAAAUGGGUUCCGAGAGGCUGGAAGGUAGCUUGGAUUACCAUUUUGUGGACAGAGCCAGGUUUGAAGACAGCUACCACGUUUCAGGAUUUAACCCAAUAAUGUCCCACGCGAGUGAGACGAAGGAGUUAGCGGAACUGAAUUCCCUGGAAGUACCGCUCUCCCUGGAUGAGGACUGCAAAGAAUUCUUAGAAUUGGAAUCCUUUGAGUUACAGCACUCUCCCAUAGGGGAGGAAGAGAAGGAAGAGCUAGGACUGGGGUCUCCGGGGGCACCGCUGUCCCCAGGCUGUGAAGCAGGAGCCGCUCUAGAGCCAUUUAUGGUACAACUUCCCCUGGACUGUGAGGUGGAGAAGCAGCUAGAACUGGAACUCCCCACGCCCCAGCUCUCUUUGGAGGACAGUAUAAGUCCUUUAUCGGCAACUGUCAGUCAGGACAUCCAGAAGUCCAGGUGUGCUGAGGAUGAGAGAAAAUCUAGCUGUGUGGCCUCUUCUGAUGGCGGCCAGAGCAUGCUGCCACCCCACCACCACGAGGAGAGCAGCGAUUCCCCCACACACGAGGAAAUGAACAUAUUCGAAGAGGAGUCUCCACAAUUUGAAAACAGAGAUAUCACGGCUGCCUUGGCCCCUCUGUUCUCCGAGGGAGACGCCAGAGACGGGAGUAAGUGCGGGAGCGCUGUACCAGCAGAUCAGCUACAGAACACCUACACUCUGAAAGGCUUCUCUGUUGGAUCAAAGUGCGUCGUGUGGUCAAGCCUAAAGAACACGUGGUCUAAAUGUGAGAUUCUGGAACUAGCCGAAGAAGGAACAAGGGUUUUGAACCUUUCCAAUGGCGAGGAGGAGACAGUAAGCCCCGAGAAUGUCUGGAAUGGUAUCCCCAAGGUAGAUAAGAACCCCUCUGAGGCCGCAUUCCAAACAGUGGAGAAGGAGCUUUCCUUCGUGUCGUCGGUUGACACCGCCGUCAAAGGGUACCUUUCUUCUGUUUCAGAGGAGUGUGGAGGUGAUGCCGAUACAACUCUGAAUAUAUAG